AUGUUAUCCCGUACCGCCGCGCUCCGUCCGAUCGUUUCGCACCACACAUCUAUCGCAUCGCGAAGAUGGCUUUCGGCCUCAUCGAGACUUAACCAGGCGGUUGGUACACCGCCUGCGGCUACUGUGACAGUUAAGAAGAGUAGUGGGGGGUUUAGAGGGGGGAUUAUUGGGUUUUUGAUCGGAAGCAGUCUUGCGUUCGCGACUAGCUUUACGUACCUUCGGAAUGAGUGGAAGGUUAGAGAUGAUAUCUUGAUGGAAGAUUUCGCUAGUCUACGAGCUACAUGCCAACGCGUCGAGGCUAGGUUCCGAUUACUCGAGGAUCAAAUUGCAAAGAUUGCGAAGAAAUAA